AUGGGAUUACCAAUUUCUGAUAAGAAUAAAUUAGUGGCAACUUUUGAAUCCGUCAUUAUGGAUGACGAAGAUGCAGCUUUCAUUCGUACUUUGGCUAUCCCUCCUAAUCAAAGAUCGCCACAAGAAAAUGCUGCUAUUUUUAGUUAUCUUCGUACAAUAGAAGGUCUGAAUAUUCCCAGUCCAUCAUUAGCUUAUCGAGAUGCUGAAUUACGUUCAAUUAGUCGUUAUGCACGUUAUCGUCGUGUCCCUGGUGAUGUCUUAUUAUAUCAUAUUGGUGAAUGGUGUGAUGCCUGGUUCAUUCUAAUCAGUGGGUCAGUGCUUAUCGAGAGCUCAAUGUUUUUACCUCGAGCAUGUUUUGGAACUCGUACCAAUGGAAAUUUUUAUCGUCGUAAUGACUGUCUUGUCCUGGAACCAUCUGAUCUUGUUGUGAUUGAUUACUUGGACAAUGAAAAUUUGCCUGUUUCAUUUACUGAUACUCAUCGUCAAGCUGUUGCUCCAUAUAAAAGCAGGCAUUCACUGGAUCGUACUGGAUCUAAUUCAAAGAGUAAUGGUCAACGUGUUACUGAAGUUUCGCCAAAUGAAUCUUCAUCACCAUUAUCUCAUGGUGUUGGAUCCUUGCCUAAAGCGUUAUCAUCCCUGUCAGUUGCGCAUACAAACUCUGAAGCAGAGAAAAAGAUUAAAAGAACUGUGAAGCCUAAACACAAAUCGGACAGUAAUGAUCCUUUAAGAGUUUCACAUUUAAGUGAUACAUCUUCAGCGCAUUCAUUAAGUUCUGGUGGAGGAAUCACUUCUCAGAAUGAUACAUGUCAUGGACGUCAAUCAUUUUUCAAGUCAUCAUUAUCAUCAUCAGGUGUUACAUCCACUCCAGAGAAGCGGGAUAAAAAGCAAAGCAGCAUCAUCAGUAGCAGUAGUAAUUCUUCUUCUCGAUGGGGUAAAACUGAAUCAGAUACAAGUCAUUUAGCGGAUUCUGAAGGAGAAGAACAACAACAAGACGGAGAAGAAGAUGAGGAGGAGGUCGAUGACGAUGAUGAUGAAGAGGAUGAAGAUGAAGAUUUGGAAUCGGGUAGUCAUGAGUCUAUUCGUGAUGCUUUUUGGGAGUCGAUUUUGAAAAUAACCUCAGAGCGUACACAAGAAGAUAUUGAUUUACUCUUGGAAAAUGUUGAACAAUUACCGGCAUUCUCUAAUCUAACUAAAGCUACCUGUCGUGCACUUUGUUCUGUAAUGGUACUUGCUAUUGUCCGUGAAGCUGGUCAAAUUGUUUUAAAUGAUAAUGAAAAAUUGGAUACUUGGUCUGUAGUGCUCAACGGGACUGUAGAGGUUAUUGAACCAGACGGUACAAUACGUGAAUUAACUCGUGGUGAUGCAUUCGGUAUUCGUCCGGGUAAAACAGAACGUAUACAUCGUGGUGUUAUGCGUACUGUCACUGAAGAUUGUUAUUUUCUAUGUGUACCACAAGCAGACUAUAUGAAAAUAAUAAGUCGUGAAGGUGAAGCUGAAAUACCAGAAUUGGGAGAAGGUGGACGUGUUGUUCUUGUCUAUGAAUCAAUUAAUUUAGAUACGAAUCUUAGCAAUGAUUUAAACAACAAUAAUAAUAAAUCAAUAAAUGAUAAUUCUAUUCUAUCGAAAAAAUGUCGAUUAGUCACAAAGGGUACACCCGAGAAGCUAAUUGAACAUUUGAUCGCUGAUCUAUCGAAUGUAGAUAUUACCUAUCCAGAGGAUUUUUUGCUUACCUAUCGGACAUUUUUAGAUUCUCCACGACCAAUUGUCGAUCGUCUACUGUCAUGGCAUUUACAUAAUCCUAAGUUGAGAUCACGUGUCAAUCGAAUUAUUCUAUUAUGGGUACAUAAUCAUUUCAAUGAUUUUGAAGAUAGUUAUGAUAUGAUGAAAUCAAUUGAAAAAUUUGAUCAUAUGUUAUCAUCAGAUGGUACAGCUGGUGAACGUCGUCUAUUUCGUCUGGCGUGUAGUACAAAAGCUCGUCCACGUCAUGUAGAACUUGUAAUACCAUUGAAAAAUGUACGACAGAAUAUUCAUUCAGAAAAUAAAUCCCUUGGUGGUGAACAACAUCUGAAUACUAGUCACAACAACAACAAUAGUCAUCUUAUUGAUUUACCAUUUACAAUGAUUGGUGGUGAAGAUGGAUUCGGUGUAUUCAUACAUCAAGUUCAUAGUCUUAUUCACAAUAAUAAUAAUUAUUAUUCAGACGUCACAUUAUCCCCUGAUUCAUUGACCAAUCAAAAAUCUGGUCCCACAACUGUAUCCUUAUCCUCAUCCACAUCAACAUCAUCGUGUGAUUCAGGCUAUCCACCAUCUUCAUACAGUUUACCAAACGUUCUAUCUAUCCACAAUCAAAUACGUCGUGCUGAUCAAUUGUUGGCUGUGAAUGGUCGUUCAGUGGAACAUUUAAAACCAAUCGACGUGGUACAAAUUAUCAAUUCUAUGAUAAAUGCCUGUUGUCCAUUAGAUAAUAUAACACAAUUGAAUACUAUUAAUCAUAAUGAUGGGAUUAUUAACUCGACAUCUUCACUGUCAUCGCAUACUACUACUUCAUCGGAUAUUGAUCAUUGUAAAGCUACUUUCAAUCUUCGUUUAUUAGUGGUUUUUAAUCCAGUUCAAUAUUAUCAAGUGAUCAAUUCAUUGAAUGCUACUCAUAACAAUAAUAAUAAUAAUAAUUCACCAAAUACCAUUCUGGAGAAUUCUCUUCAACUCGCCGAUGAUGUUGUAAAGCCACAAAGUAGAAAGUUCCCACCACUGUUGAAUACGUUAUUGCAUAAUGGAGAGGAAUUUUGUCGAUCGAAGAAACACAGUCUGCCAACUAGUAUCAGUAUACCCAAUGAUCUUGUCGUGAGUAGUACGGAUUGUUUACAAUCCUCGCCAAAUGUAUUAUCUCCAACAGCCGCGGCAGCACCGGUGACAACGACACCAGGUUCUCCAUAUUCAUCAUCUUCAUCAAACAAUAAUAAUGCUAAUAAUUCAUUAGGACGUCGUGGACAAAUCUGUCAUCCGUUAACACCACAUGUUAAUAUGGUGGGACGAUCAUCGCAUAGUGCAAAUACUUCACCGACACGAAUAUCUAAUAAUGCAGAUAAUCAAGAUGUUCAGAAAACUACAGGAACAGAUAAUAAACGGUCAUCGAAUAGUAGUCAGUCACGUUGUCAUCCGGCUGUUACUAUUCCUCCUCCUGUUGCUACCGGCAAUGUCACUGGUGUCGGUGGUGGUGGUGUUGGCGGUGGUGAUCAUUUGUCUGUUAUACGUGUAUGGCGAUCAAAUGACAGUGGGAAAGAUCAAUCGAGUAAAUUGAUUAUCCUGCCGCAUAGACAAACCACCGCAUAUGAAGCAACACGUUUAUGCAUUGAAGAAUUUGGGAUACCAGAGGAAGAACAACAAUUUUAUUGUUUAUAUCAUGUAACUGUUGAAUCUGGCCCCAUUGUAAAACAAAGUCGUCUAGCUAAUAUAGUCGAUGACUUGGCUGGACGUUUAACGUUGAAUUCAAGAUAUUAUUUAAAAAAUCUACGGAAUCAUGAUCCAUUGAUAGCGGAUGAUAUUGCAAAAUCUAUUCUUGCUGAUAGUCGUGUCACUUUUAUACAAUUACCUCCAGAAGAAUUGGCUGCACGAUUAACUCUGGAUGAUUAUGAAGUGUUUCGUGCAGUUCAGUCAACUGAGUAUAUUGAUGAAGUGUUUGGAUUGAGUAAUAAUGCAUGCAUGGAUAAUAUGCCACCGCAACCGCCGUCGUCGUCGUCUGUUUCUUCGAAUAGUACUACUAAUAAUAAUAACAGUAGUACUAGUGGAACUUCAGUGUCUGGAAGUGGAAGCAGUAUUGGUGCUGGCGGUACCGGUGGAUAUGCUACUGGGCAUGAAAAUCUGGAUCGUUUCACUGACCUGGUGAAUCGUGAAGCCUAUUGGGCGCCUACAGAAAUCUGUAAUGAAAGUAAUUUAAAUCGACGUGUUGAUUUAUUGAAACGUUUUAUUAAGUUGGCUAAAUUAUGCCGUGAAUUACGUAAUUUCAAUACAAUGUUUUGUCUACUAGUCGGACUACACCAGACGUGUGUUGAACGAUUGAAACAGACAUGGGAACGUCUACCAAAUAAAUACCAGAAAAUCUAUCGUGACUUGAGUAUGGUGUUGGAUACAUCAAGAAAUUUUCAUCAUUAUCGUACACUGAUAUCAAGUAAUAAUGUUUCUGCACCAAUGUUACCCUAUCUACCAUUAGUGCUAAAAGAUUUAACAUUCAUCCACUUGGGUAAUCCAUCACGUACACCGGAUGGGUUAAUCAAUUUUGUGAAGUUACGUAUGCUUGCUAAAGAGGUACGUGCUAUCUGUCGAAUGUGUAAUGUAGAUUAUGAUUUAUGCAGCGCUGUUGCUUCGACAACGUCUACAACUACUGGUAGUAUUACUGGACAUCGUGGUCGACUUGGCGGCGGCGCCGGUGGUGGCGGUGGUCGAUCACGUGUUGUUGGUGUAAAUCUAAGUGCUGUUAAAGCAGUUGCCUCUGUUUCAAUGAUUAAUCCAAAAUCAUAUUUUUUCAAUAUUGCAUCAUCAUCAUCAAUGAACAAUAGUCAGACAAAUAAUACUAGUAAUAAUAUGAAUGGAACAGAUUCAAGUUGUGGUACUAGUACUACUACUAAUAAUGCUGGACAUAAACGUCUUCAUCAAUUGGGCAGUUCUACAACAUCUACUUCCAGUGGAAAUUUCAACUUCAAUCUGCCUAUAUCUAGUCCUGUUAUGAUUUCUGGAAGUAAUAAUAGUGGUAGUAUUACCAGUGGUGGUGGCGGUGGCGGCGGCGGGAUUCGUAGACGAUCUAAUCUAGGUUUCAUCUCUUCGUCGUCAUCAUCAACGUCAUCCUCAGUUAAUGCAAAGAAAAUCUAUGAAAGUUGGUUAAUGACUCUGCGUAUUCGAACAUAUUUGGCUAAUUUGAAAAUUGUUCAAGAUCCAGAAUUACUAUCUCAAUUAUCGAUGCGAUUAGAGCCUAGUGCAAAAGACUCGAAAACAGGCAUUCAACCGACUGUUAUUCCAGUCACUGGAGUGGGUAAUUGUACCGGCACGACCACUACUACUACAACUACUACUACUACUACCACAAGUGAAGGUAGUGAAUCUCAGCAGUUUGUUGAUGUAUGCAGUCUUUCAUCGCCUCCUGAUAACCGUCCAGAAUUGAAAGAUACAAAAUUAUCUGCCAAGAGUUGUUUUACUCAACCACCAGCUAUUAUCGAAUCAAAUUCAUCAGUGAAAAAAUUGCCAAGUAACAAAGCUGUAACACCAUCACCCACGUUAUCAACAUCAUCAACUUCUGUGUCAUCCUCAGCAACAAUAACUCCUGCAAGUACCGGCAAUAAUAGUACAUUUACUCGUCCAAUUUUAGGUGCCCAAUCAAUUGAAGAUGCUCGUAAACUGUUAGCUUUAAGUGAAGGCAGUAAGCGUUCAUCACAAAGACGUUUACCAGCGUUUACAUUCCCUAAUCAUCAUACUACGCAUUACAGUAAUAAUAAUAAUAAUAACCAUAUAUUCAUGUCACCAAUGGGAGCAUAUGCUGGAAUUGGAUUUGGUCAGUUGAAAUCAUCAUAUAAUAAUAAUAAUAGUAAUAGUAAUAUAUCAUCUCAUCAUAUGCAUAAUCAUACUAUACAAAUGUUGAAUAGCACUCAGAUAUCAUCUCAAUCUUCUAAUCAUCUUCAUCCUAGUUCUAUUCAACAGCAAUAUUCUCAUCAACAUCAGCACCAACAUCUUCACAAUCAACAUCAACACCAGAACAACCAUCACUUCAAUCAUCCUAAUGCACAUCGUUAUUAUUAUCAACAUCAUCAUCACCAUCAACAUCAACACCAACAUCAUCCACAGACGACGGUACAGACACGAUUUUCUACGAAUAAUUAUAUUACAACAAAUACAUUUAGUGGAAGUAAAAGUCUCCUAUUAGAUAAUCUUAUCCCAAUGCCUUCUCGAAUAUCAACAACUGGAGGAAGUGGUGCUAAUAGUAGUAAUGGGAGUAGUGGUAGCUGUACUACUGCAUCAAAUCAAAUCUAUGCAUCAUUGAUGCCGAGUCAACAACGAAAUCCUUGUCAAAUUCGUCAACAACAACAACAACAGCAACAUCACCAUCAUAAUCAUCAACAGCAACCGGCAACAGCUUCUCCACCACAUCAUCGAAGUCAAUCCACCUCGUCAAAACAUCAUCAGUACAGUGUACAAACAGGCAAUCAUAAUCAUCAUCAUCAUCAAAAUUAUCAAUAUCAGGUGGGUUUAUCGAUUGUUUUGUGCGUGUAUGUGUGUAUUAUUAUAUGA